AUGGUUGCCGUUCUGCGCUGGUUCAUCUCCACCCUGAAAAGCCAAUACUGUUCCCGAGCCGAGACCCUUGGUGGCGAGAAGAAACCACUGAACCCAUUUCUAGGCGAAUUGUUUGUGGGCAAGUGGACCGAUGAGUCGCCUUCCAAGAAGUUUGGCGAAACACUGCUGGUGAGCGAACAGGUCAGCCACCACCCUCCUAUCACGGCCUACGCAAUCCAAAAUAAAACUAAUAAGACCACUCUCCAGGGCUACAACGGAGUUAGAGCUUCCAUGUCUGCAACAGCAUUGAACGUGAGACAGUAUGGCCAUGCAUUGCUAGAGUACGAAAACCUCAACGAGAAGUACCUAAUCACCCUACCACCUCUCCACAUCGAAGGUAUUUUGAUGGCUGCUCCGUUCGUCGAACUAGAACAGAAAUCUUACAUUCAGUCGUCAACAGGAUACGUUGCAGUCAUUGAAUACUCCGGCAAGGGCUACUUCUCCGGGAAGAGCAACAGCUUUAAAGCCAGAAUCUACAAGAACAUUCGCGAGGCCGAGGACAAGACAAAGGCUUUAUACACCGUCAGCGGCCAGUGGUCGGGCGUCUCGUCCAUAUCAAGGGGUAAUACCGUUGCUUCCGAUGCACAGGUUUUCUUCGACGCCAAAAGCUCCCAACCUCAACAUCUGACGGUCAAACCUAUCGAAGAACAAAGCUCGCUGGAAAGCAGAAGAGCUUGGCAGAAGGUUGCCGAGGCAAUCAGGGCUAAUGAUUACAACUUGAUCCACGAAGAGAAAACAAAGAUCGAAAACGAACAACGCGAGCUGCGCAAAAAAGAAGCUGCCGAUGACACUCCUUGGAAACAGAAAUUCUUUGAAGAAAUUGAUUAUACAUCUCUGACAGAAGAGGACGACGAAACGGGAUAUGUCAAGCUUGCCAACAUGGCAAACCUCAGGAUCUCACUGGAGAUUCUGUCCUGA